AUGAUAUUACAAUCAUUGUUCCACAUGAGUUAAAUGCCAAGUUUAAUACACUUAUCAUUGAGAAAAACAGCUACACAAUUCAAAAUUUUCAAGUUCUCAAAAAUGAUGACCAAUUUAAGCAAUCACAACACCAAUUCAAGUUGAGGUUGACUGGAGGAACUAGGGUUUUUUAUGUCAAUCAACAUGACAUUCCUUAUCCAAUGGCUAAAUUUAAAGACUUUCUGGAAAUAGAAGAGGGAAUCUGGCGUCAAGAUUUUCUGUAUGACAUUAUUGGAGUUGUCGAUGACAUUGGAUAUACACAGAGAUUUCAAGGAAGUAAGAAAGUUCAAAUCAACUUUCGUCUCAGAGAUGUUAGCAACAAUAAGAUUUGUUGCACCCUUUGGGAAAAUUAUGCUACCCAAUUGAUCACUUACAUGGAUGAGAAGACUGAUGCUGGUGGGACAAUUGUUUGUAUGAAAUAUGCAAAAAUCAAGCCUGCAGGAAAAUUUCCCUUGACUGUUUCAAACACAUGGACUACUACAAAGCUUUUCAUCAAUGACAAAAUCCUAGAAAUUCUCAACUUCCAAAAAAGUUUAGAUGAGGCUAUUUCAAAUGGAAUCAUGACUACUGUUGUUAAUACAUCUUCUCAACUUAUGAGCCAAUCAUCUGGAAGCUCGAUGUACACUCUGGAACAAAAAUUUGUACAAAAUCAUGAAAUCAUGCCACUGUCACAAAUGUGUUGUCUUACUAGGGAUACGACCUGUGUUACGGUUGUCAAAACUGUUAAAGUUAGGUCGAACAACAAGGGCUGGUAUUUUCAAGCUUGCUAUAAAUGCCCGAAAGCUGUAAGCGGUGACAAACCACCAUAUAAAUGUGGAGAUAACCAUCCAACUGAGACACAAAUUUGGAAGUACAGGCUGGAUGUUGAUGUAAAAUAUGAAAAUACAGAAUCAACCUUUACUUUCUGGGACCGUGAAGUCGCACAGCUGUUGGAAGUGACUGCAGCCGAUCUUCGCGACCAAUGUCAUGAUAUUGGUCUGACUGACCCUCUCGAUUAUCCUACAACCAUUGACAAGAUUGAGGGUAAAACUAUAGCUGUACGUGUCAAGUGGCAGCCGAAAUGGAAAAAUGGAUCUGUUAAUGAAGUUCAUAACGGACCAGAUUUCAUUGAAAAUCUCAUAGAUCAAUUCAAUGGACCUACUCAGGAUAAGAAAUCUGCUGUCCCUAAUGACUCUGCUGUAUCUGAGAACAACACUCCUUCUAAAUCCAUUACUGCCAGUCUUGAUGUUGUUAUUCCAAUGGUUUCUCUCUCUGGUACUGAUGAGAUUGAUCCUGAAGUUGUCUCAAUGAAAACACCUUCAAAAAGAAAUGGAGCUUCUAUUCUUUCCUGUGCUGAAAAUGAUGAAACUCAUGAGUUGAUUGCCUCGAAUGCAUCUUCAACUAAAAUGGCCAAGCACCAGAAGAUGGAGUAACUAUAAUCAUGAUCCAAUGUUAACUAUAUUUUGAAAUUAAUUAGGUGUCUAGUUGACCUUCAAACAAUUUAACACAUUCAUUGUGUGUAGAACCUUUUGUUGUACUUCUCAGCUAUCUCUUUUGACAACAACAACAUUUAACAUGCUGAUGUUUGUAAUGACA